AUGGCGACUCCAACCGAGAUUGCCUAUAACCGGGCGGCUCUCAUCGAAAGCCUUCAGUUCACUUUUGUGAUGGAUGAAGUUGGAAAACAUCUGUCAGAGGUGAUUUGUGGAUUUGGAAUCGUCUUGAACCUUCUGCUCAUCUACGUUAUCUUCAAACGAACUCCCAAGCACAUGAGAAGUUACGCAGUUUUGCUAUUCAACUUCGCCAUCUUUGAUCUUCUAACCUGUGUGGCAUCUCUUCUUGCCUGCCAAAAAACCAUUUUCUCCGGUUUAUCACUCACAUACAUCUUCCAUGGACCAUGCAAAUAUGUCUCCUCUUCGCUUUGCUUCUUCUGUCACUGCUUUGUCUGUCAUGCGAUGGCACAUUCGCAAUGGAUUCUACUGAUUUCCUUCAUCUACCGUUACCGUGUGCUUGUCGAUGGGGCUCCAGACACGAAGAAGAUGAUUGUAAUUGUGUCGCUUUUCUACGCAAUGUCUGCUGUUAUCUUUCUGUUCUACUUCUGGGAUAUCGGAGACACAAAUGACUUGAAACAAAUCAUGUACGACCUUCAUCCACAGUAUCAUUAUGACGAUAGAGAGAUUUGGGGAGAUAUAGUGGUGAGUGGAAACACCACAGUUCUUACGAUUCCAUCAUUGAUCGCAAUUUUCUACAUGACAAUGCCAUGUGUUCCAAUCUAUUUUAUCAUUCACUACUUCCGAGAUAAGACUCUGAGCACACUUGCCAGCAAUGCAUUGAGCAUGUCUCCAGCAACCAAGGCUUCUCAUCAAAAACUUAUUAUGGCCUUGUCAAUCCAAGCUGCGAUUCCAAUUUUCUGGCUCGUUGCGUCUGGAAUCUUUACACUUGCCGAAUUUGGCAUCAUCGAUGGACCAAUCCCUGAGAACAUAACAUUCCGUUUGAUGGAUUGCAUUCCGUCAUCGAGCCCACUGGUUGCAUUUAUCUUCAUCGCUCCGUACAGAGAGGGACUUCUCCGAAUCAUUUCAAAGACAGGAAUCUACCGAAAACAGGAGAAUCGGGUUUCCAGUGUUGUCGAGAAAUUCAACCAACCACCCAAGCAACCAACCAAUCCGGCACAGCAAUCAGCCAACAACGACGCUGCUAAAACCGAAAAAGUGUGA